GGCACGCUGGGAUGGAGGGGAGGGGGUCCGUGGGUUGGCACUGACCCCACACUGACCCCAACUCCGGUCCCACUGAGGACAGGCACCAUGGCUCAGGCUGUCACCUGGCUCAAGCGGCUGUGCGGGGCCAGGGAGCCUCCCCAAACCCCAGAGGCCCCACUCAACCCCCAUCGGGAGACGCUGUUCCGACAGGAGGGACCCGGGGGGGUGACGUACCGAAUCCCGGCGCUGCUCCACGUGCCUCCCCGCACCCUGCUGGCCUUUGCUGAGAAGCGCUCCUCCAUCCGGGAUGAGGACGCGCAGCUCCUGGUGCUGCGCCGGGGGCGGUGGAACGGGCGUAAGGUGGAGGUAAUGGGGGAAAGG